AUGGCUCUGAGGGCCCGGCAGGAGCAGCAGCUCCACCUGGCCAUUGCCCUCUAUCUAGAAUCUAAAUUCCCAGAGGCGCACAAAGCAUUUGAAAGGGAAGCGCAUAUCGAUUUUUCUGCUGCAACGUCAACCACGCGCGGAGAGGAGAAGUUCGACAGCGAGACACUGCCCAAGCGUUGGGGUGCAACGGCUCGUCUUCAGGCUCGAGUGACGGUGCUGCAGCAGCAGCUGCAGCAGCAGCAGCAACAACUCAAUCUAUUCACAUCCGCAGCGACAGGCCCCGGAAAAAAGGCUCGUCUUCAGGCUCGAGUGACGGUGCUGCAGCAGCAGCUGCAGCAGCAGCAGCAACAACUCAAUCUGUUCACAUCCGCAGCGACAGGCCCCGGAAAAAAAGAAGCAGCCGGGCUACCAAACCCUAAACCCUCUUGUAUUAUAUCUGCACAACGACAGCCGCUUAUAUGCUGUGUAUUUCACCCCCUUCUACCGCAGCUUCUGGCUGGAGCGGACGACGGCAACGUUCGCGUUAUCUCCGUAGAGGGAAGCAGCAAUGCUGCUCUCUCACGCACAUUCAGGGCGCAUGAUGCCUCUGUCACGGGGCUGGCUUUUGACGUCUCGGGGCGCUGGUGGGUAUUUACUUAA